GAUAAUCAAAUAAAUUCAUCACAACAAGAUCUUCUUAUGCAAAACAAUCUUAAACCAUCUUAACUACCUUAAUCCCUAAUGUCUCUUCUCCUAAUCCUUAACAUAACACUAUUACUUUUGUUGUCUUCAGUUUCAUCAACUGAAUUUGUUUAUAACAGAAACUUCAACUCAACAAACAUAAACCUUAAUGGAAAUGCAACAAUUCAAAAUUCAAUCCUCACUCUCACAAACCAAACAUUUUUCUCAAUUGGUCGUGCUUUUUUCCCUCAAAAAAUACCAACAAAACCAAUCAAAAACUCUUCAAAUUUUCUUCCAUUUGCAACUUCUUUCAUAUUUUCCAUCACUCCUUGCAAGAAUUUCCCAGUUGCACAUGGCUUUGCCUUCAUUUUCUCACCAUCAAUGGUGAUCAAUGGUGCACAAACAGGAAACUAUCUUGGACUGUUUAAUAGAACCUCUUCAGGUAAUGAUUAUAAUCAUGUCUUUGCAGUUGAGUUUGAUGAUUAUAGGAAUGAAGAGUUUAAUGAAGUUAAUGAUAAUCAUGUUGGUGUUGAUUUGAAUUCUAUUAUUUCUAAUUAUUCUGAACCUGCUGAGUUUUGGGGUGGUGGAAAAAAUGGUGAUGAAUUGGAAAAGUUGAAACUGUCUAGUGGUGAAAAUUAUCAAGUUUGGAUUGAGUUUAGGGAGUUUGAAAUUAAUGUUACUAUGGCUCCGGCGGGGAAAAGAAAACCUAAUAGGCCUUUGAUUAGCAAGCCUAUUAAUUUUUCUAGGGUUUUUGUGGAUGAAAUGUAUGUUGGAUUUUCGGGAUCGACUGGGAGAAUGGUUGAUACUUGUAGAAUUUUAGCUUGGAGUUUUAGUCAUUCGAAUUUUUCGAUUGGUGAUGCUUUGAAUACUAAAAAUUUGCCUACAUAUGUGAAUCCAAAGAAAUUCAUAUAUAAAUCUAAGGCUUUUGUUAUAAGUGUGAUUUUUGGUUCACUUUUAGUCUUUGGUUGUUGCAUUUUGGUUUUUUUCAUUUUGUUGAGAAAAAAGAAGGAAGAGAAAGAGGAAGAAUUUGAAGAUUGGGAAUUGGAGUAUUGGCCACAUAAGAUUAGCUAUAAGGAGAUUUGUGAUGCAACAAGUGGAUUUUCUGAAGAGAAUGUGAUAGGAAUUGGAACAAGUGGGAAAGUAUACAAAGGAGUUUUGAAAGGAGGAGACGAAGUUGCGGUGAAGAGAUUCAAUCAUGAUACUCAGCAUGGAAUGAGAGGCUUUCUAGCUGAGAUUUCAAGCUUAGGAAGACUGAAACACAGAAACUUGUUGGGUUUCAAAGGUUGGAGUAAAGAAAAACGAGGGAAAUUAAUACUGGUUUUUGAUUACAUGGAGAAUGAGAGUUUAGAUAAAAGAAUCUUUGAAUGUGAAGAGACGAAGUUGCUUAAUUGGGAAGAAAGAAUAAGAGUCCUAGAAAAUGUAGCUAGUGGAAUUUUAUAUCUACAUGAAGGUUGGGAUUUUGAGGUUUUGCAUAGAGAUAUUAAAGCAAGUAAUGUGCUACUUGGCAAAGAUAUGAAUGCAAGAAUUGGUGAUUUUGGUCUUGCAAGGUUGCAGCAUCAAGAACGAGUAGCUGACACAACGAGUGUGAUAGGUACUUUAGGGUACAUGGCACCAGAACUAGUUAAAGUUGGUAAACCAUCAACUGCAACUGAUGUUUAUAGUUUCGGAAUAUUGGUUUUAGAAGUUGUUUGUGGUAGAAGGCCUAUUGUAACGGAUGAACCACCAUUGGUUGAAUUGGUAUUUUCUCUUAUGGAGAAAGGUGAAUUGAGUAGCGCAAUUGAUGAACGUUUGAAGGGUCAAAUGGAGUGUAAAUAUAACACAGUCGUAGCUGAGAGAUUGCUUCAUUUGGGUUUGUUAUGUGCUAGUGUAGACCCUGGUGUUAGACCUACAAUGAGACAGGUUGUGAAAGCUUUGGAGGGUGUAAAAUGCACUGAGUGUAAUGAAGAGUGUGUUCAUGUGAGUCUUAUUGGAAAAAUAAACUUAGCAGCAUCAUGGUCUAAGAAUUCUUAUGAUUCGGCACGUUUAAACUCUCCUACCCUUGCUGAUAUUUUGCCAUUCAAAUAUUUUUCUGGAGAUUGUUUAAGUGUGUCUUAUGCGAGUAUGGAGCCAUUGUCUGAUUCUCUCUCAGAAGGAAGGUGAUCGAGAACCGAAAUCAAGCAAGUGAACCAGGUGGCAUUUUCCAAUGUUUGUAAUACAUUCUGAACAAGUAAGAUAGGUAGCAUUCCAUAAGUAAGUUCUUGGUUUAGAAUCCGAUAUCUCUAUGUGACUAACCAUAGUUUUCUUUUGUAACUUUCUCACUACCAUUUGAAUCAGUAAUAUUUGAACUCUAAACAUUAAGGAUGUUAGUUUCUUACCAUUGUUAUCAUUGUCAUUAUUAAUGGAAGUCUUUUCAGUAU